CUAUUACUAUUAUUCUCAUCAUCGUCAAACAGGACAUGAAGAUCGCAUUACCAACGAAGCCUGUCAGCCCUGACACCCCCGCUGCUGGAAUGACUAGUGCCAGAGGGCUGUCGCUAGCGAAUGCACCGUGUCGGUCUGUUGUGGCCGAGAGCAUCGACAAGUAUGCGCAGCGGGAUCUGAAGAAAGGGCUUCAUUUGUAUGGGACGGAUGGAAAUAUUGGCCUCACUAAUGCAUGGAGUAUCAUUCAAACAGAUUUCAGAUGCUGCGGAGUCUCCAACUACACUGACUGGUUUGAGGUGUACAAUACAACCCGGGUGCCGGACUCCUGCUGCUUAGAAUUCAGUGAGAACUGUGGACUCCAUUCCCCAGGGACCUGGUGGAAAGCGCCUUGUUACGAAACAGUGAAAAUAUGGCUCCAGGAAAACUUACUAGCAGUGGGGAUCUUUGGAUUGUGCACAGCUAUGGUGCAGAUUCUCGGACUCACCUUCGCAAUGACCAUGUACUGUCAGGUAGUCAAGGCAGACACCUACUGUGCAUAGAUACUACUCCCAGUCUUUCUGCUCCUCCUCCAAAGGACACAGGAGAAA